AUGAGCCCCUACAAUGCUGAGACGACCGCCGAGGAGGUAGCCUCUGACUGUCAAACUCAAAUCUCAAACAAGACCAUCUUGGUUACUGGCGCUACUCCAGCCACUCGCAAUCUCUCGAAGGCCGAGGAGACUGCUCGACAGAUCGCCGCGGCCGAGCCGUCUGUUCAAACCAAAUGUAUUGAGCUUGACCUUGGAUCGAUCAAGCAGGUCAAAGUCGCCGCAGAAGAGAUCAACUCCUUCGAUGAGAGUAUUGAUGUUAUUGUUAAUAAUGCAGGUGUGAUGGCUUCUCCAUACUCCAAGACCGUCGAUGGCAUUGAGUCUCAAUUUGGUAUCAACUUUGUUGGCCACUUCCUCUUGACGAAUUUGCUCCUGCCCAAGAUGCUGGAAAGGGGCGUGCCUAUCAGGGUGGUCAAUGUAAGCAGCAGCGGCUACCGCUUCGGACCGGUUCGCUUUGAGGACUGGAACUUUGGUGUGAGUAAAUCCGGUGUAGCAUCAAUUUCAAUGAAGACCGGUGAUUGA